AUCAACCCCCUCUGUUGACUUGAUCAAGGUUACUACUGCUACUCCCAGAGAUACCAUCGUCAUGUCUAUCACCACGACAACUGUGGAAGCGACAGUUGAGACGCCAUUCACUUCGGGCGCCGUCAGGAGUGGCAGCAACAUUGACUUCUGGCGGUCGUACAUCGAAUCCCGUCCAAACCCUCCGGAAGACUUCUUCCAGCUCAUCAACGAGUACCACCAAAAGCACGGAGACAACACAUCCGACAUUGCUCACGAUGUCGGGACGGGCCCCGGAAACAUUGCCGCGAGACUGGCAGCUUACUUCAAGCAUGUUGUUGGUUCCGAUGUGAACAGCGACGCUCUGGCGGUAGCACCGGCACUCAUGCCACAGCACCUCAGCGGCAGGCUUGCCUUCAUCCACUCUCCGGCCGAGGACUUGGCAGUGAAGACACCCGCAACCUCCGGAGGAAACGGAACCACCGACUUGAUCACCGUCAGCGAGUGCAUGCCUCUCCUCAAUGCGCCCAAGGCGCUCAAGGCCUUCCAUCAUCUGCUUCGUCCGGGGGGUACGCUAGGCAUCUACUUCUACGGACCUUGCAUCUUUGCGGACGGCGAUGUUGAAAAGUGCAAUGCGGCAUACGACAAGGUGGCCACCCGGAUCUGCACCUUCAACCAGCCGAUGAAGGGCACACCCGGCUUUCCCUUCCACCUCCACGCCGCAGAGACUUUGGAGAGCUACAUGGACAACAUCGCCUUUCCGGCCGAAGACUGGGAGAACGUAGUUCGUCACAAGUGGAACUGCGACAUGCCCCUUCUUUUCAACUCCAAGGCCGGAUUCGACUUUGACUUUGGUGCGGUGGAUCGCAGAUCCAAGGACGAGGGGACGGAAGAGGCCAUCAACCGUGACUUCUGGGGUGCAGAGUGGUCUGUUGCCGAUAUCAAGGCCUACCUGGACUCGGUCUAUCCCAACUAUCGCGACAAGGCCGGCGCCCGCUAUGCCGAAGUUGAGGAACUGCUGCAAGAGCUCGAUGUUGCCAUGGGUGGGGAAAAGAGAAAAGUGAGCUUUCCUGUGGUGCUGCUGCUGGCGACAAAGAAAGGAGCCGUGUUCACAACCAAGCCCAAAGCUAGUCGGGUUCAGCUCUCGGCCGAUUGCGGGAGCCUGGGUCGAGUCAACGAGAUUCCAAGCGACGCUGUGCGAAAGACGGAAGAGCUGCUGCAGAAGAACCACGACGAGUUUCAUAUUUUCUGGCGUGACCAGAACGGCCACAACCACAUGGCCCACUCUCUGCUGACGACGUUUGCCAUCGGGGGCGACGCUGAGGAUGUGCAGCGUGCCUACGAAGACGGUUUGCCCGUGCAGCGCGCCCAGCCCGAAGCCAACCCCGAAGUGAUCAAGGGACUCGCCAAUGACGAAAACAUGUUUGCCAUCCUGGGUCAAGUUGCCCAGUAUACCAAUGUCAUGACCUUCUUCGAGCAGCUGAUGGACCAACGCGACUGGAGAGACGUACUCGACCAGUACUGCUUCAGCGGCACCAAGCUGGCCGAUAUCAUCUUGGCUCGGAUGUACGAGGGCGCCUAUCAUCCCAUCAUCCACCUAGGCCUCGGCGUGGAGUUUGAGCAGCCGAGUAUCAUCGCCGAAGCCCUUGCCCAGGCGAUUACGCAUCCGGUGUCCGGUAUUCCAGACUGUCUCCUCGCCAGCUCGGAGAUUGCCGACCAGGCCAACGGUGGUCGGAUGGACCUGUCUCUUGUCGAGUUGUUUAACAUGGCUCGAGAGAAUGAUAUUAUCUUCCGUGGUCCACGCUGGGAGGACAUGACUCUCAAGAUGAAGGACGGCGUCUUGGGCAGGUCAAGAGAGGCCAUUGUCAGACUGGCAGCGCAGCUCCGAGUGGACCCGUGUGACAUAGAGCGACGUGCCGCUGAGUCCGUCAACGGCAGCGCUUACCUCGCCGGCGCAUCCCAGCGACCCGGCAAGGCAGCCAAGAUUGACUUCUUCCACAUGCACGCCGUCACCAGCUCCAUAUUCCUGACCGUCUUGGUCCGGCAGCCUUGGAUUAGCCUGGAGAAUAAGGUCCGCCUGGUCGAAUGGAAAGGCCGUACCGAUCUUUUCUGGUAUGCCGCCAGCGGAUGCAGCAAGCUCGACAUCCGAGAGAUCAACGACUACAAGGCCGGUGCGAGCGCCGGCAUGGGCUGGAGCGAACUGUACCGCAGCAUCAACAAGAUGCACGACGACGGUCACGUAGCCAAGUUUGUUCGUGCGCUGAAGAGCGGCCAGGAAGUCUCUAAGCCCUUCGAGCAGGCCAACCAGGCCACUUUCCGCCUUCAGGGAGACGCCUGGUUGAAUUUGGCUCGUAUGGCAUAUGAUUCUACUAUCGGCCUGCCUGACGAGAUUAAGUGGAUUUGGGGUGCUGGAUUUGCCCAGGCCUGGGGUAAUGUGGCUGCCAGAGCGUAAGGAUGCGAACGGCAUAUGUUAGUGAAUCUCCAAGGUUACCUUAGCUCCUUACCUUCGCUCAAUGUUGCGAACAUGGUUAAUAAAUGGC